AUGUCCACGCAGAAUGAAGAAACGGUGGAUAUUAACGGUGCGGCGAACUCAGAGCCGAGCAAAGAAAAACGCAUCGGUUGCGCUCAUUACAAACGUCGUGCAAAGUUCGUGACACCAUGCUGCAACAAGGUGUAUGUAUGCCGCUACUGCCAUGAUGAGAAUGAGCAGCAUUACUUCAACAGGAAGUCUGUCACAGAGCUGAUAUGCACAGAAUGUGACAAGAGACAAAAAGUUCAGGAGGAGUGCGAGAACUGCGGUGUGCGGUUUGGAAAGUACACAUGUCUGAUCUGCAACCUGUUCGACGACGAUGACAAGCGCCAGUACCACUGCGAGGGCUGCGGUAUCUGCCGCGUGGGGGGACGCGACCGGUUCUUCCACUGCGAGCGAUGCAACAUGUGUCUGCCAGUGCAGCUGCAACAAGUCGGGCAUAGGUGCGUGGAAAACGUGUCCCGGUCGAACUGCCCGGUGUGCUUAGAAGACAUCCAUACAUCCCGCAUCCCGUGCCACAUCCCGGACUGUGGCCACUUGCUGCACCGGCCGUGCUUCGAGCAACUACUGCACUCUGGCCACUACGCCUGCCCCACCUGCCAGACUAGCAUGAUCGAUAUGACUAAUUUGUGGAGUUAUUUAGACUCUGAAGUGGCAGCUACCCCGAUGCCGCCGGAGUACGCGGACUACAAGGCGACCAUACUCUGCAAGGAUUGUCAUAAGUUAUCGACGGUAAAGUUCCACGUGGUGGGUCUGAAGUGCCAACACUGCGGGGCCUACAACACAUGCCAGACCAACGGGUUCCAUAAGGACUCAAACAGCACGCAAGCCGGCGACUCGUCGACCGCUACAUCAACGUCGACUAGUCGCAGCGGAUCGUCGUCUGCGACAUUCCCAGAAACGCGCGAAGAAACGCAAAACGAUGAAUUGCCGCGGGCCAACCCAAUGGACGAGCCGCCGCAAGCUUGA